AUGACUUUCGACUCUGAACAGAGUUCUGAUGAUGGCAGCCUGCAGAGAAGUGUGAAUCAUUCUCCCCCUGCCCCACCACCCCCUCCUCUUCCAGUAUCCACACCAACUGACUCUGAACCUAAGUCCAUUUCACACACACCCAGAACGAGUACUGUACUAUCACGAGCUCCAAGUAUGCAGGACAUAAUGCAAGAGGAGCUGAAGACUGUGUUGACAUUAUACCGAGGCAAAACAAGGAAGCUUGAUAUUGUGAAAACUCCUGAAGUUUACAUUGAUCAGAAAUCUACACCUGACGAAGUGCAGCAGUGGCUGCAGGAAAAAGGCUUUAGUGAGAAGAUCUGUAAGCAGCUUAAAGGUAUGACAGGGAAUGAACUGUUUGCACUUACUCGAACACAGCUUGAGACUUACUGUGGGAAGACUGAAGGUCAUCGUUUGGAUUCCCAAAUAACAAUACAGAGAAAUGUUUCUGGUUAUAAAACUGCUCGCUCAUCAGAACUGAGUGCAAUAUUGGCAAGAGCAAGAAGAAAGGCUGAGCUUGCUACUGAGAGCCAUGAUACACCAGACAAGGGAAAUUCACCACCGCCUCCUCCUAAUAAGCACACAGAAAGUCAGAAACCAUGUUCUGCAGAAGUUCAAAAUGCAAAUUUGUUCCCUGACAAUGAUGAUUCACAAGAUAAUGAUACUACUUCUGACUCUCACUUCAGUAACAUGCUGAAGCAGAGGCUACAAGAAAUGAAACAGAAAAAAUAACAGAAGAUUCAAAGCAUAACAUGAACACACAUAUUGAAAAUAAUGACAUGCAUUUAUGUGUCGUCAGUGGGAGUUAUCUUUGUUUCUUUAUUUUAUUUAAAAUGGUGUUCUCAUAACUACCAAAACAAAAAUUUCAACACUUUGUUCUGCUCAACCAAUGGUUUUAUCAGCCCUUUUGAAAUUAUUAUUUUUUU